AUGAUUAUCGAUCGAGGUGGUAAUGAUAAUUCAGGAUUUGUUAUUGAUUACAAUGUUACAUCAUCAUUAUGUUCAAUACGAAAGAUCAGUGAACAACAACCUUUAAGUAACAGUGCUAAUCCUAUUCGACAAUAUGCAAUGAUGAGUGACAACAAUGAGAAUAUAUUUGAUAUUAAAUACAAAGUUUUACUACUUGGAGAUACACUUGUAGGUAAAACAUCGUUACAACGUUAUAUUGCUGGAAAAGAUUUUCGACCAAAUAUUGGUUCUACUAUCGGUGUAGAUUUUGUUAAUAAAAUUAUUCCAGUUGAAAAAGCGAAGGUUAAUUUACAGAUAUGGGAUACAGCUGGUCAAAAGAAUUUUCGAUCACUUGGUAGAAGUUAUUAUGCAGCAACAAAAGCGUUUGUACUUGUUUAUGAUGUUACAAAUGAAGAAACAUUUUUUUUAAUCGAAGAAUUUUCUCGACUAAUCGAUCAAGCUGGAUUAGAUAUGGAACGACGAUAUUUAGUAGCAAAUAAAAUUGAUUUAAUAGAAAAUCGAAAAAUUGAUGAAGAACAAGGCCGACGAUUUGCUCUACGAAAUAGUAUGACUUAUUUUGAAACAAGUUGUAAAACAGGUGAAAAUGUUCAUGAUCUUUUCGAACAAAUUGCUUCGGAUCUUGUUCGUCAAUUUAAUCCAAAAAUUCUUGAAUCCCAUAGACCUAUGAAAGAUAAUUUUGCCUUUAAUUAUCAUACAUCAACAAUAUCGAAUUAUGAAGCACGUACUACUACUACUACUACUAAUAAUAAUCAGCCAAUAAAGCAAUCCAGGAAGCCAGCAAAAAUGUAUUUUUCACCAUCAACUUAUGAAGCAAUUGAAAACCAUAAAAAAUUUUCUUUUCGUCGUUUUAUUGUCUGCUGUAAUCCAAGAAAAACAACAGCAACCAUGGACUAA